CUAUAAUUAGGGUUUAAGCUUUACCAAUCGAAUCCUAUUUCAGAUCAAACCAAUUUCACAGAGAAAAAAAAGCGAAUAACAAUGGCUUCUAGGGUUUCUCUGAGGGCGAAGGGGAAGAACUCAAAGGGUUCCAAAGGAGCUGAAGAUCGUUCAGUGAUUGAUUCCGUUAAGGAAUGGACAACAUGGGGAAUGAAAAAAACAAAGGUGAUCGCUCAUUACGGUUUCAUUCCUUUGAUUAUCAUCAUCGGUAUGAAUUCUGAACCCAAACCAACACUUUCUCAGCUUCUCAGCCCCGUCUGAUUGCUCUUCGAAUUUUCACCUGCUUAUUUGAUGUGAUGAGAUGUCAUGGAAUUAGGGUUUGUUAAAUGUAGUUUGUUUGAUUUUGGAUAGUUUAUGAAGACUUAUUAAUUAAUAGAAUAAUUACAAUAUUCAAAUGUUGUGUAUGAGAUUUGAUUUUAUGUACUUGUUGUUUAUGCUUGGUUGAGCAGGUGGAAAGUGAUUUUGUUCUUAUGCUUCUUUAA